AACAAGAACAAAAAGAAAACAAAUCUCCUCUCUAUCUUCUAUCUAUCUUCUUCCCCCAUUUUCUGAAAACCCUAAUUUUUAUUCAUAUUGAGUUUUUUUUUUUGUCUCUCAUCUCUGUUUCUUCCAUGAACAGAGAAGAUAGCAAAGUAAACUUCAAAGCAGGCUUCGUGAAUUCACCUUGCAAUUACAAAAAAAAAAAGAACAAAAAAAAAAGGAGGUCUCAGCUGAUCGGGAAAGAUUUGGCUUCAUCAAAUGGCGACAAAUGCGUGCGAUGCGAAUCAGCAGCUCGAAUCUAAUUCGCAUUUACCACCACGGAAGCGUUUACUCGCCGGAUUCAAGAAACAGAACUCUAAAACCGGCGGCGGCAAUGAAUCACCGAGCCCUCCUUUCGCUUCUUCUUCUUCUUCUACGUCUACUACAACUUAUUCAAAUGGCUCCUCCUCUGCUUCAACAGUGAUGACCAGUCUAAUGACUUCCCAGCUCAAUGAUGACCAGUCUCGGUCUCCCGAAGAGCUAGCUCAGACGUCCAAGGCCAACGCGGUUUUAGCGGUUAAGGUUGCAAAGGCGGCGAGAGCAGCUGCUAAUGAGAAGGCCAUGAUUGCUUCAAAGGCAGUGGCUGCAGCCAAGAGUGCUUUGGACUUGUUUGCUUCUUUACCUGUUGGGUGUAAAGAGAGGUCUCCAAGGAAGAAGAAACAUGUCCCGGUUCAGGUUUUGUAUUCGAGAGGAGGACUUGCGGAUGAGGAUUUAGCGCGUAGGUUGAAUCGUGUUAUAAACAAUUCUCCUAGAGUCUUGACGGAUUGUUCUGGUCACAGAAACAAGAAGCAAAAGAGUUUAGUUACAUCCUAUGCGAAUAGUACCGUGACUAGUACUAUGUACGAUGGGAAUGACGACGUUGCUGGUGUUGUGGAUUCAGACAGUUCGAUUGACGAGGAAGUAGUCAGAACCAGAGUAAACGGGAAGCUGCUCUUAUGGGAUAAUACGCUGAAGGAGAAAACAUGGGAAGAAGGUAGCUCGUUGGGGAAAAGAAGAGGAAGAGUGAAGCUAAAGAAGCUACCUUUGAGUAUGUGUGCCUCUACAGAUCAAGAAAACGGUACCACAUUACUCGAAAAAAAUGUAAGCGUAAGUAAGACGGAAGAAGGUUCUAAUAGUGGUGUGGCGGCUCAGGUCAUAGGAGGACCAUCAUGGAAGUGUAAGAAGGACCUAAAGUCACCGGAAUGUGUGAAGGAGAACAAAGUUGUACGUUCAUAAUAGUGUUCUUAUUAUGACCUUUUUACCCAAAAGAGGUAAGAAGGUGCAGAUUCAACAACAUUUGCCAUUUUCAGUAGGAUCCUAAAUGUUGUUUGUUUGUUACCUUGUUUUGCUUUUUUGGGUAAUGUGUUUGAAUUCUUAUGUUACUUGUAUAUUUUUGGGAAUAAAUAUGUAGAGAUACAUAGAUUUAUAUA